UCAGACGACUGAACAGAACUUCAGAGUAAAGCUCGCGAAACCAGCUGAAGAGAAGAGUUGUUUCCUCUGAUCCUGAAACAAAAAUGUCGACAGCUAUACCCAUAAAUUCUUUUGUCAUCCAGCUGCAACAACCAAUACCAACAAUAGCAGUGCGGACGGAAACGAAUGCUCCUGCACCUGUUUAUGUCCAACAAAUAUCAGGACUUUCACUUCAUGGACUUGAUACAUUUCUAAAAGGCCAACCAAAAAUUCUUGGGACUGUCCAGAUAAUGAUUGGUCUGAUGACUCUCCUGUUUGGCAUUGUGUCUACAUUUCAUGCAGAAUCCUUCUUUGUCUUUAUUGGUGCUCCUUACUGGGGAUCUAUCAUCUACAUUAUUGCAGGCUCACUCUGCACCGCUGCAGAAAACAAACUUAAUUCACCCUCCAGUUACUGUUUGGUGAAUGGUUCACUUGGACUGAACAUCAUCAGUACUUUAACCGCAGGCAUUGUACUUAUUUUAAUUUCACUGGAUUUGACACAAAGACCAUUCUACACUGGCCAGUACACAUGCUGCAACAAUUAUACAUGUUAUGGUACAGGAGAGUAUGAGACUCUCUUUAAGGGAUUCAAUGUUGUGUUACUGUUAUUCACCAUCCUUCAGUUUAUCAUCUCCAUCUGUCUGUCGGCGUUUGCUUGUAAAGUCUCCUGUUGCUGUUGUCCUCCUGAGGUGCCGUUAGUUCCACAAGUUUUAACUCCACAGCCCUCUGAUUUCAGAACCAAUAAUUCCCAUGAUCUUAACAGUUCAGAGGAGAUACCUGUGGUCAGCAGCUCCUCCAUGAACAACCGUCAUGAAGAACCUGAAUACACUAAUUGUGAAUAAAUGUUAAUUCUAGAAACACAUGGGUUUCCCAACGAUUUCCUGUCCAUUACCUUUAAUGUCUUUUCAUCACUUUAUCAGAUAAUAAUUGGAUUUUCUUUAAAUGUGUGUAAACAAAAACUUUACUUUCUUUAGUUUCAAGAAAGUUGCAUUAUCAUCAUUGAAAUUAGAUAGAUUGUUUUGAACAACUGUAAUUGCUUAAAACAUUAUAAUAUGUAAGAAUAAAGUAUACAGAAGGAUAAAUGUGUUAACUCAUGUUUUAAUUAAAACAGAAGAAAAUGUUUCUUUAACAAGACUGAUAGAACUGUGACAUUAACUACUCAAAAUAGUCUUACUUUUUUGCUUUAACAAAAUUAAACCAAUACAAACAUAGAUAUAGAACAGAAUUCUGUAAUAAAGCGAGCACUGUCAGCUUGUUUGGGAAUGUAGUGAGUGUCUGUAAAUGAUGUAAAAUAAAGUUUUUAUUUACAUUGCCAGAUACCCAGAAAUGUAUAUCAAUAUUUAUAGGGAUAGUUCACCCAAAAAUCUAAAUGAUGUCAUUAAUAAUUCACCCUCAUGUCUUUGCUCAAGAAUGAGUCAAUUUUUUUUUAAUUAUCUGUCUCGGCUCGUUGUUCAUCUUCAGUUCUCUCUUCACAGCAGUUCAGUCAGUGUACUGUUUGAGUACAUGAAUUACUCCGGGAUAUUGGUUUGUUUGAACUCAGAGGCAGUGUCAGGCACAUUAAAAAAGUUAACAGCUUAAGUCAUUUGUGGAUUAAUGCAUAUUGGAGACGCCGUUUAAAACGAUUAAAACUAACCGUUUAAAACGAUUCAGUUCGAUUUGGUGAACUGGUUCAAAAAGAUCCGGUUACAUCGAAUGAAUGAUAUCUUCGCAAACAAGAUUUCACAAACUGCUUUGUUUUGGACUCUCUCACAACAGACACAGAAGAGAAGACAAUGCUGAAUGAAGUCAUAGUUUUUGCUAUUUUUGGACCAAAACGUAUUUUCGAUGCUUGUCUCUGAUGUCACAUGGACUCCUCUGAUGAUGUUUUUGUUAUAUUUCUGGACAUGGACAGUAUACCAUACACACAGCUUCACUGGAGGUACUGAGAUCUCUCGGGCUAAAUCUAAAAUAUCUUAAACUCUGUUCCGAAGAUAAAAGGAGGUCUCACAGGUUUGGAACGACACAAGGGGGAGUUAUUAAUGACAUAAUUUAGUUUUUUGGGUGAACUAUCCCUUUAAGAUGUCCAGAAGCCUCUAAAUGCCACAGUAUACCAUCAUAGAUGGUUUCAAUGGCAACAACAUAAACAAACGUUACUGCGCAAGCAUGCUUUUGUGGCCCUAACUUAACUUCCGGUUGACUUCCAAAUAGAAACAAUAACAAUAGCUAAAUGGUCCCUCUAGAGUAGAAUAUUUUAGAUAACAAGCCAAAUAUGUUUGCAGCGUGAAUAUGAAGUACUUUCUAAAAAUGCUAAUUCAUUUUUUUCCCAGUGGAGAUGUUUUAAAGUGGGAGAAACAGGUUUCCCAGGUAACAGCUGUACACACAGCAGUGCUGAGCUCACAAAAACUGCUUUUAUCAAGCAUAUAACAUGAAAGAUGAAAUGAAAAUUACAUAGAAAAUUCUGUAGACUAAUUAAAGACAGUCUUCCUUCAGAAAUACAGUGAAAUAAAAACACCCGCACCUAGUUUAGAUUUUUAAAUGUGCAGUACGUGCUCAUGUUUAUUCAACGAAGCCUUUGGAAAACCAUUUUUGAUAUUGUAAGUGCCACAAAUGAAUAAAUGUAUCGGAAACACAUCCCACAGCACAACCACUUGGGCCCAACUUCUGUUUGUUGAUGGCGCCAGACUGAUAAACAAAAACAGACCCGAAGGUAACUUAGGGCCAGGUGCCUGAUGAAACCAUCUAUAAGAAUUUCUCUCAAGGAACCACAGUUGCACUCUUGCAUCGACAUUGUUAACAGGCAGUGAUUUUUUGUCAAUCCAGACUUCGUUUGGGCUCUACCAUUCAUAGAAAGUCUUCUGUGCAUACUUCUAAGUACUUCACAUACUUCUAUACAUCCAUACUUGUAAGGAUGUCUCAACAGAUAAAGAAAAAAUAAAGAAAAAAGGAGGGGGUUGGGAAGAAAACAAAAAAGAAAAAUAUUGAAUAUCACACCAAU